UUUACCAGGCCACGAUACUUGUAGGAUGUGACAAAUGUUCGUCCGGUGGAGUUAAUUAAUGAGUUGACUGCGAUCGUGAGACGAGAACAAUUAAUUUUCUAACGGCUUGGCUCUCGUUUCCUGCGGGAAAUUCAGACUGUCGUGGCUUAGCGUCUUACGAUUGAAAUUGAAUUAGUUACAAAAAUAUUAUGCAAAGUUAAGAUGAUAAAAUACCAGCUAUCUAAUAUCUUUUGAAAUAUUUAUCGUAUUUUGAUUUUCGUGGUUGUAUAUUGGGAUGCAGUUUGAGAGUUAAGUCAUCGCAAAGUUCAGUGUAUCAAACAAACGUUUAGAGGAGUGUUCGUCUAGAAGAACUAGUGUAAUUUCACUGCCUUGGACGAUGCUACUAUGUUUUGGAGACGCGGAGUUUACCAUGUGUCACCCAAAGAUAAGGUGCCGGUGACGCUAUGUACCCUGGGUGUAGGAGCGACGUUUGGAGAGUCCAUCCUCCAGGACCUUCCCCGCGAGACGACGGUCAUCACGCGGUCCACCUGUGAACUUCUCCGCGUAGAGCAACAUGACUUCCGCCUCAUCUGGGAGAAAAACAAAGAUCUUAUGGGUGACCUCGUUGCCGGAUGCAAAGUAAAAAAUGGUUUUGGCCCUGGGGUGACCAAAUGUCAGUCGCCUUCUUCACCUCCGGUCUCCCAAUCACGACGGACUCUCAGUCCUGACAACUCCAAUCCGGCCGAGCCUAUCACAGAUACCCCGAGCGUGGCGAUGGCUCGUGCGGGCUGGGUCUUGCGUACCUUGCUGCUCAACGACGCCAGCUGUGUGCUGCGUGAUCGUAAGAGCGCCGGGGGUCGCCUGGUGGUGCGCCGUUGUGCCAGUGGCUCAGAACUAGUGGACUGGCUCAUGGGGUUGGAUCCACGAGUGCCGUCGCGCCAUGUCGCCACUGGCAUGUGGCAAGCUCUUCUUGAAGAGGGCGUCAUUUUCCAUGCCACUGCCGAGCAUGGGUUCAAAGACAAGUGCCUCCUAUAUCAGUUCUGGCAGGACCGCGAGGGCUCCACGAGUAUUCCCUCGGCGCAGGAUAUCGCAGAGGCGGAGGAGCAUUUGGACGAGGCAAUACAAGAACUGACAAGAAGAGCUCCAGACGCCACCCUGCGAAUGAUACUGCGGAAAUCGUGCCAUGAUAGAACGGCUGAGGAGUUGGAAACUAUUUAUGAGGAGUUGUUGCAACUGAAACCUCUGACUCACCUCAGUAACUCCAUGAAGAGGGAGCUAGCUGCUGUCAUAGUCUUCGAGGCUCAUUCUAAGGCCGGAACUGUCUUGUUUCAGCAAGGAGAUGAGGGCAAGUCAUGGUACAUCAUACUCAGGGGUUCUGUGGAUGUGGUGAUUCAUGGAAAGGGCACUGUCACAACACUGCACGAAGGGGAGGACUUUGGCAAGUUGGCACUCAUCAACAAUGUUCCAAGGGCAGCAAGUAUAGUUCUCCAUGAGGACAACUGUCACUUCCUCCGUGUCGACAAGGAGAGCUUCAACCGGAUCAUGAGGGACGUGGAAGCCAACACAGUCAGACUUAAGGAGCAUGGAAAAGAUGUCCUGAUACUUGAGCGCAUACAAAGUUCUCAUUCAACGUUCAAGUAUAUGGUGAUGGCUGGAACUCCUGGUAAAAUGUUGGAUUACCUACUAGAGACUAGAGUCAGCAGUGCGACAGCGUCACAAGACCCAGCUCUGGACGACUUUCUACUGACUCACAUUGUGUUCAUGCCUACCAGACAACUGGUAGUGGAACUGGCUAGACACUAUCACAUGGAGUCCCCUGGACAGGACAGGGAGUUCCCCUUGGUGUGCAAGAAGAGGGUCGUACAGUUUGUCUACAGAUGGGUCCUCACUAUCAGACACACUGUGUUUGAAGACCCUGCCUCUCUCAGCUUUAUUGAGGAUCUGGCAGGAGAAGUUGAUUCCGACUGUUUGGAGUGGGCAGAGCUUCAAGAAGAAGCGAGUUUGAUUCACCAUGUAAUGUCACAGCUACACAGGUAUCAGGAGGAGAGGGUAGCCUCUGCGGGUCAGAAAUGGAAGCUUCCUCCGUGUGGUCAACCCAUCAGUUUGUUCUCUGGUCCGACUGAUGGCAAGACAAGAACACUGAUUAGACCAACUGAUGAUGUGAUAUUCCGUGUGUACUGCGCCGACCACACCUUCUGCACUCUCCGUUUCCCCAUCAACACUUCAGCGGAUGUUAUCAAGACUUCAGCAGCAGAUAAGCUGGGACUGCGACACCCCCGGGAGGAUCUUGUGCUGGUGGAACUCAAGAGUUCUGGAGAAAAGGUCACAUUCAGAGACCAGGAGAUAUCCAUCCCAACAGCGCUCAGUCUCAACGGACGGCUAUUUGUUAGCCCUAAGGACCAUCUGGAUGCACUGACCCUAAUACCAGAGCAAGAGAACCCUACAGAAGGCAUGGAUUUUGACAUGGAGAUGUUCAGCACUAAGGAACUGGCCUAUCACAUGGCUCUCUUUGACUGGGACUUAUUCUGGAGUGUACAUGAGUAUGAGCUGCUCUACCAGACGUUUGGUCGGUUGAGAUUCAGCCAAAUCACAGCCAACCUGGACGUGUUCCUGAGACGCUUCAAUGAGAUUCAAUACUGGGUGGUGACAGAGCUUCUUCUAACCCAGAGCCUCAGCAAACGAGUCAGCAUCCUGAGGAAAAUGAUUAAACUGGCUUGCUAUUGCAAGGACUACCAAAACCUAAAUGCUCUGUUUGCCGUCGUGAUGGGACUCAGCAAUGUGGCUGUGUCCCGUCUCUCUCUCACUUGGGAAAAGCUGUCAUCCAAGUCUCGUAAAACAUUCACAGAACUGGAGUCCCUCAUUGAUCCGUCACGCAACCAUCGGAAUUACCGAACUUAUGUUGGCAAACUGCAGAGCCCUGUGAUACCAUUCAUGCCGUUGCUAAUCAAAGAUAUGACCUUUGUCCACGAAGGUAACAAGACGAGUGUGGAUGGCCUGGUCAACUUUGAGAAGAUGCACAUGUUGGCUCAGACUAUGAGAACAUUACGCUACUGCAGAUCUAGACAUCUGGUGCUGGAUCCUCCAACUCCAAAGAAUGAAUCAGAAGUGAGAUCUUACAUCAGCUGUUUGCGAACUAUCGACAACCAAAGGGUUUUGACAUCCCUCUCUCAGAAAUUGGAGCCAAGAAGAUCAUAGAAGCAGCCCAACUUACAACCAAUAUCAAACAAGAAAUCAAUCAACAUAAUUCAUUUUUUAUCUGGGAAUUGAACAGGAAAUGUUGCAACACAACUGAAUUUAACUGUGAAAUAUACUUGAAUCAUGUUUGGGCAAAUGUAUAAUUUCUUAGGACUAAGCUGAUAAGACAAUGAAGAGUUAAGUUCAAAUAACAAAGUUAAUUUUUUUAAAUUCAUUGUUGUAGCCCCGGAACUGUAAUAUAUAAAAUAUCUGGUUUUACAAUACCACUGAUAAAGGUAUUGUAAAACCAGAUAUUUAAUUUUUUAAUCCUAUCGGAAAAUGAGAAUUGAUAAAUCUUAAAUCUUUGGGCCCUUAACCUCUUUAAUUGUUUGAGACGAUCUCUUUACAAUCUAUUAUCAAAAUCUAUAUGGUAACUGAUACGGUAAUACUAAAAGGAUCUAUAGAACAAAACAUCGAAAAUAUAUGUAACCCCUAUCAGUAAACAAGCUAUAUAUAUUUGUCUUUUCAGCAAUUUAUAGCAAUAGCAUGUAUAUUAUUUAAGGACUUCAUUAUGGAGUAAAGCGUUAAUGAUUUUUCAUAAUUUUUUCCAAUUGGCUUUCAUCCAUUUCUUAAUGAAUUCAACCUGCGUUUUCAUUGAUUGUCGUUGAAUUUUGCAUGUUUUCUGUGAAUUUCCUUAAACUAUUUAGUUGUACUUAUAACUUAUAUGGAAUGAAAAAUAUCUUUAUUUAAGAGGCAAAGUUAGGACUGGAAAGUCCUCUCUACCACUCAACCUCUAAAUUAUAUUUAUGUGAAUUUACUCAUAAUUAUGACUUACUCAUCUUCUCAAGGCAAUACUAAAUAUAUUUUGGACAUAUGCAACUGCUCUGUCAUUAUUAUUUCUAUAGGCAUUAAUCAUAAGAUACUUUUUUACUGGGCGCACACUCUUUGUUCAAAAGAUGAAUAUUCACAGAGAAGAAAGGAACAGAGGGAACUCGCUUAUGGGAAAACCGUGUGUUUACAGCUGUAGUAUGUUAUGCCAAAAAUAUACUUGGCACGACCAAGGAUGAGCCCAGUGAGCACUGUGCGGAAAGUCUUAUUGCACAGAGGGCUCUGGGUCUUCCGACACCUUAAGUGUUGUAGUAUACACGAGGGCAAAGGGGACAGUGUUGGACUUUGCCCUCUGCUAAGCGUCACUUAAGCGGACGCUCUACCUCAGAUCAGGCUUCAGUAGCUAUGUUGCGCCAUUGAACAGCGCCCCCGAGUUGGGCUUGCAGACGUUCACAGCAACUGUCUUUGUAAACUACCCAUACAUGCUAGUAAAAAACACUGAGUGGGGUUUUACAGAACAAAGAAUAAUCGAUGCGACCCUGGUUUUAGAAUUUUAAAGUAACAAUUCUAUAAUGAGUUAAAGCAUUUUAAAAUUUCCGAUUUUUUCUACAUUCAAAGAAGAUUUUCAGGCUUUAUGGUACGAUAUUAAACAUAUUGAAACCACUACAAUCUAGAUAAUUUAAUUCUCUUCAAAAUGCCACCCUAACUUUGAUUUUACGUUAAGUGUAGACUUCCAAAACACUGUUGCCCCAGACCCUUGCGUUUACAAAACGGCAGGGGUAGAGCGCACCCUUAAGUCUGAGUGUAGCCUCUGUACCUUCCUCAUCUGUAGAAUAUCGUGAUAAUUUUUCCACAAGUGAAGUCACACAGGAAAUAAAGAAAUGCUUAAUGACAAAAUAUGUGAUAUUUUUAUCAAAAAAGUUUUAAAUUUCUUAUGCUAAGGUAAAUUUAUGUUAAGGAUUACAAAGACAUUUUUAGAUUCACUUUUAUAUGCUUGGUUAUGUUUGAGAUAGGUUGGUUUUAGAAUGCAGAUAUUUAUUUCAUGUAGAAUAAGAAAUUGUAAUUUUUCAUCAAUAUGUUUUAACAAUUUAAUGCUCACAACGAGCACAUUGUAAACGAACACCAUACCAGCAGUUAGGGAGUUAAUGUAAACAAGUUUAUAUUCUAGAUCAAUUUUAAUUUUUAACUUGCAGUAAAUUUUACAGGGUUAUGGAAUUUGAAAUUUCAAUAAACACUCGUCUAGACCCAUAAACAGUUCAGCAAAAUAUUUAAGUCACCUCGGAUACCUGUUAAAUCUCCAAGCUAACAGUCUAUCUGUGGAUUUGUGAAUAUUUGGGUCACUGUUAAUAAUUUUGCGUUGCACUGGAGAAUCCAACAUACAGAUUGCACUCCAUACUGAGAUUUACUUGUUGUUUAAAGUAAGCCAGAAAUUUAAAUAUGAGUGCGGUACACUAAAACCGAAUUGUAUUUAAAUUAUUUUUACAAAUUUUACUCCUUUGGGAGACAAUUUUACAAACUAACAAUGGAACAGGAGAGAUUGUAGAAUCAAACACACUAAAAUCAAAGGAGUGAUGAAUAAUUUCAUUUUCGUAUUAAUAUUGUCUAACUACUUACGGAAUAAAUACUGUUUAAUUUAGCAUUUAAAAUUCAGAAAGUUUGUCUACAUUGUUUCUUAGGUCUACUCACAUAUCCUGUGUAUAUUUGUGUAGAUUUAGACCUUUGUGCCAAAUGAGUAGACCUAUGAACCACUUUAUAGAAAUGUUUAUAGAUUUUAAUAUUUAUACACAGCAGAUGUAAUGGAAUUGAUUUUGAUCUUGAUGAUUUAACCUAUUGUAUAAUAUUGUCACAUAUAUUUUAGUUUACCUUACACAAAGAUUAUUAUUGUAUACAUUAUGUAUAUUAAUUAAUAAGAAUAUAUUUAUAUAGUUUUCUACAAAUUAUUUACGUUAUUUUAUGGUUAAUUUAGUGUAAAUUUCAACCAAUUAUUUUCAGUUACCUACAUGAUUUUAAUUUAUUAUCUACCAACAAGGUAACAGUAAUCAAAUAAAGAAGAAAGUUACAUAUUGGACCAAAAGGUAAAUUUUGAAUACUCGUAUUUAUUAUUUUUACAUGUUUUAUAUAAGGUUGUCUAGUGACGGAACACCAAAGUUGUAAUUUUAAUGUCCCUUUUCGGGCACUUUUGUGAAUGCAAUAACAUUUUGUAUUUUUGUCAUUGUCACGUUUGUGUCAAUGUUUUGUAGUGUGUGGGGUCUUUUCUUAUUAUAUUCUAAACUAAAGAUGUUCUAGUCAGAAGUAGAUAGGAUUUCUGUGUUAUAUCAAUAUUGUUCUAUUUUCAACACAAAUUUUAUUUUUAUCACAAUAUUUUAAUGUACGGUGACCACUUUUAUUAUGUUUUUAUAAAAAAAAAAUUAAAAAAACUUUUGGUUCUACAUUAGUAUGAUUACCUCUGAGGUUUUUAGUCUUGUUACACAAUAAAAUACUGUAAUGCAUUUAAACUUUUUUUACAGAUAUUUAAACUAAAGUACUUGAAUUGAUUAUCAAAGUUUAUUUAAUUUCUUUAAAUUUGCACCAGUCCUGUAACGGUAAAAACACUACACCCAGUUAACCCUUCAAGGCUCAUGAUCUUGCUUCACUUAUGCUCUUAACACUUGUACACUUUCUACUUCAUUUUUUAUUUAUAUUCCAACAUUUCCAGAAAAUAAAAGUGGUCUACCCAUUUUCACCUUUUCUCUAAAUGCCUCCUUUUAUUAAGAGCCUAGCCUGUUAACUAUAUUGUAAUAUAUAUUUUUCUAUCACCACAUUACACUGAAUAUAUAUUUAAUAUCCUUGUGCCAAGCCAUUGAUAAUCUAAUUGCUUCAAUUGAAGCAUUCACUAUUGCACGCUUUGGUGUUACUUGUAGGUUAGGAACAUUUAUUAUAUUUGUGAUGUUGCUAGCAAUGUUUUAACCAGGUAAUAAAUAUACCUACUAAAUAAGUUUUAAUUUCUAUAUGUAAAAGAUCAACGAUUGUGUUAACGUUAACUAUAUAAAAAAUUAUUCCCAUGAAAACUCCUAGUAUUUUUUACAAGAGAACUUAAUGUAUAUUUUGUUACAGUUACAGUACUUUAUGAUAGUAAUAUUAUUCACUGUUUUAUUUUGUAAAUAAAAAAAUGAAAUAAAUAAAUAAUUUAAUUAGUAGUUUAUAAUAUAUGUCAAAAGGACGGAAAAAUAUAAAAUGUGUGCUGUUGAUUAUCAUAAAAUGUUUAGAAUGAAUGCCAAUAUCAUUAUUUUUAGUUGUGAUUUUUUUUCUUGGGUCCUACAAUCCACACAAUAGUGUUUUUAGGGGUUUAUUUUACAGAUAUUUUGUUUACUUGAUAAUUAUUGUUGAAUCUUGAGAGUAAUUAUUGUAACUACCAAGUAUUCAUUAUUUGUGUAUUUCUCUAGAUUAGCAAUAAUGUAAUAAAGUGUAAUUCUGUAACCAUACUUUAUUUUGUUGGAAAUUACUCAAAUAAAAAAUUUAAUAUUUACAAAAGAAACAUAAUUGAUUUUAAGGGUGCAAUAACAAUAAGUUUAACAACAAUUCAGUAAAUAAAGCAAUAUUGCGUUUAGCAACAAUUUUUAGUCAUCUUAUUACCUUUGCUUACUAAUAUUUCAUAUCCUUCUGAAGGGUGUAUCAUUCAAACUGGUCUCUACACACAGUAUAGUUAUGGUUAGUUUUGGGUCACUUUAAAUGGUAAAUGUAAAAAAAAAAAAAAUAAAUAUAUAUAAUUAAAAGUUGUUUACUUCUUUAUUUUUUAUUUUUAAGAUUAUAUAUUUAUCAAUAUUUGCAAUAUUUACGGCACAAAAUAAGGAUUCUCGGAAAGCUUGUAUUUAUGAAAAAUAGACAGCUACAUAUAACAAGGUUUUUUAUUGGUUUGAGAAAUAGAAUAAUCUGGAAGGGUAAUAAUAAAAUAUUAUGUAACUAAUAAUAAGAAAUACUAUGACUAAACUGUGCAUAUUUUGUAGAGACUAAGUGGUAUAAAAAAUAGCUGAAGAAUGUAAAAAAGGAAGUGGUAAAUCUUCGUCAAAAUAACUUUUAAUUAUUAUUUAGAAAAUUUAGCAAUAGCAAUUAAAAAUAUCCUUGCUUGAAUCACCAUAGAUUUAAAUAAUUAAGGUCAUAAGUAAUUUGUUUGAAUGAAUAGCAAUUACAAUGUCUUAAGUUUUUAGAACAGAAUUGCACUGUUAUGUUUUUUUAAGGUGUUUUAGCCUACAUAAAUCUGAUCUAGAACAAUGGUAAGCCAAUAAUGAUUGUUAUUGUAAUAUUCUCAGUAAUAAUUACAUUCAAACAAUAUGUAUAUGUUUAAAUUUUUUUUUAUUUUUUUUUAGUUUUUACUUAAAAAAAAUUGUUGUUUGUUGUUGUUAAACAAUUGUUUGGCAAUAUAAAACACAAAUGCAUAGUACGAUAGUUUCUAAUCUGGGCGCUAAUAAGUUUAAUGCAUUUUGGAACUACAACUGAACUAUAAGCAUAGCUUGUAUUAAGUGCACUAUGAGAUAUUAAUAAUAUUUAAAAGUUCGAGUUUAUUGAAAAUAAUAAAAUAUAUACAUGUUUGAGAUUGAGUCAACACCAAUCUAUUUGUUCAAAUUUUGUUGUGGUUUUUUAUAGAAAAAGAUUCUUCAAUUAAAAAAAAGAUUCUUUAGAUUAAUUUUGUUGUUUAUUAGUUAUUAUAUUUUUUUUCAAUUUUUAAUACAAAUUUAUAUUUCAUAAAAGAAAAAAGGAAUAAGUGGUGCCUAUGUAAGUGUUAAGUAUAAUGCUAUUUAUUAGUUUUGAGUUCUCAGUUUAAAGUCUAUGAGACUAACCAAUCUGUAGUGGGGGUUUUAUUCAAUUUUUUCCAUACAUUUAUUAAGAGUUAUGAGAAAUUUCUUGACUAAGACUUGUGAUACAAUGUGUAUUGAUUUUUUCACCACCAGCUAUUUACACUAAAAAUAUAUAUAGUUUAACUAAUUCAAUUUAUUCUUCAACUUCUUUCGGGCUAUCCGUUAUGCGUUGCAACAAAGGUUUUGGUUGUGUUUAUAAAUUUUAAAUUGCUUUAGGUGAACAAAUUCAAUGCUUCUAUAGUGACAGAACUGGUUGAUAAUCUAGACAAAAUUGUACCACAAGCUCGAUUUGUGCAAUUAAAAAUGUUAACAAAAUUUAAUUUCACCAAUACAAAAAUAUAUCACAGGCCUUGAAAAGGUCAUCAGCCAUUCAUUAGGAUAAUACAAAUUACAUAUUUACAAUUAUUGUUAUAUAGGAUUGAAUAGGUACUGGACAUUGGACAAGCAGUUAAUUUAAGGAAAAUUUAAUUGUGUUUUGAAAGAGUUAAGAUUGUUAUAAAAUCUAUGUUGUUAACAGUACUGCAUUUAAACAAUUAAUUGUCUACAUACCUUGCGUUGAUUGAGUUAUUUUAUUCUAUUGUCUGUCACUCUGCUAUUUUCACUGAAGAGUAUGAUUGGACGGAAACUUUUCCAUUGUUCGGAGACUGUUGUGUCUUAAUGUGUGUCCACUAUGGUUUUAUA